ACUUGCCUUCAAACCGGUGUGCAAGAGAGAAAAAUGCUACCGCAUUGUUUGUUGCAUUAAGCCAAGGUCGAUAGGUGCGAGCGAGCAUGUCUGAACCAUGGCUUUACCCUACCAUUUUACUCUGUAUUUAUGGAUUUUUCUGCAGCCACAGACCUCUGGAACCUUUUCUAACCGCGUUUUUGAUGGGACCUGAUAAAAAUCUGACGGAGACAGAGGUUGUAAAUGAGAUCUAUCCAUUCUGGACAUAUUCCUACCUCGUCCUGCUUUUUCCUGUUUUUCUGGCCACAGAUUACCUCCGAUAUAAGCCUGUGAUCAUUGUCCAGGCGUUCAGCUUUAUAGUGACGUAUGCUUUGCUUGUGAAGGCGCAGAGUGUGAGGAUCAUGCAGUUAUUGGAAUUCUUUUUUGGUCUGGCAACUGCCACCGAAGUUGCCUACUAUUCCUACAUCUACAGUGUCGUGGAGCCAUCUCAUUAUCAGAGAGUGACUGGUUUUUGUCGCAGUGUCACACUGCUGGGCUCGGCCAUUGGCUCACUCAUCGGACAGAUUCUGGUGUCUGUAGCCAAGGUGCCUCUGUUUUACUUAAGCAUCACUACGCUGGUGUCCUUCUGCAUAGCCUUUGUUGCCCCUUGGUUCCUACCCAUGCCCAGUAAGAGCCUGUUCUUUCACCAGAGAGAGAAAAGCUCUCUGGAUGAAGGAGCUCUGGAACCUAUGAACAGCAGUCAGCUGUUUGAGAAGCCAGAGUCCAAUAUACGGCUUAGUGCAGAUGAAAGAACGAAUCUCAAGGACAAUACUAGCACUAGUGGAUUGCUGGAAGUGUUAAAAACGCUCUGGUCAGACUUCCUUGAGUGUUACUCCUCCUCUACCCUGCUGGCCUGGUCAGUGUGGUGGGCUUUAUCCACAUGUGGUUACAUCCAAGUGAUUAACUAUGCUCAACCACUUUGGGAGAAAAUCUUGCCUUCCAAUGAUUUUGAGAUCUACAAUGGAUACGUGGAGACCAUUUCUACCUUGCUUGGUGCUUUUGCAGCGUUUGUUGUAGGCUUUGUGAAAGUGUCCUGGACUGUGUGGGGAGAACUUGCUCUCUGCGUUUUCUCUGUGGUAAUUGCAGUGUGUGUGUACCUCAUGGACACCAUUAGGAAUAUCUGGGUUUGCUACACUUCCUACAUGAUCUUCAGAGCUACCUACAUGCUGCUAAUUACCAUAGCAACGUAUCAGAUAGCUGCUAACCUAAGCAUGAAACGCUAUGCUUUGGUUUUUGGUGUUAACACUUUCAUUGCACUUUUCCUGGAGACGCUCCUUACCGUGAUUGUAGUAGAUUCUGCUGGUCUAGGCUUGGACAUUUUUGUACAGUUUUUCAUCUAUGCAAGUUACUUUGCUGCAAUAGCUGUGAUAUUCUUCAUUGCUGGGCUGUAUAAACUGUUCAAAGGGAGGAGAGCUGGAAGACAGAAUGAAAUACCAUCAACAGACACAAUUCCAGAGGCUUGAAAUACCUCACAUCAGCAUCUGUUCAGCACAAGGUUAUGGAAUUAUCUUACGUUUAACUGAAUAGGUCAAAAUAAUAAUUGUAUAUUAAGAAAAAGCAGCAUUUCCAAAUUACUCAUCUUUAAAGGUUAUAUAAGCACUGGUGAUUUUGAUAACUGAGUUCACAAUGAUACACUGUAAGUGCCCAUUGUGGGUCACAGAUUGUGGAACAAGAUGCACUUACUUAAAUCACAGCAUCAUGAUGCCUUUCUUUAUGGCUGUUACUUCAACCUAAGCUACUAGGUCAAAAAAGCAGUCUGAAUUUUUAGGCAGUACAAUCACAUUAUGGAUAUAAGCACUAGAUUUCUUUCUUUUUUUUUUUUCUUUGACAUUUGCUGAGUUGAGGCACUCUCACUGCAAACUAAAUUUUUUACACAAAAUUUUAAAUACAGUUGAAGUCAAAAGUUUAAAUACACCAGAAUCGGCAAAAUGUUAUUUUACUAGAAUAAAAGGGAUCAUACAAAAUGCAUGUUAUUUUUAUUUAGUACUUACCUGAAUAAGAUAUUUAACAUAAAAUGUAUAUAUAUGUAUAUGUAUGUAUAUAUUUUUUUAUUUAUUUAGUGAUCGUUAUUCAUGAGUCCUUUGUUUGUCCUGAACAGUUAAACUGCCUUCUGUUCUUCAGAAACAUCCUUCUGGUGCAACAAAUUCUUUGGUUUUUCAGCAUUUUUGUGUAUUUGAACCCUGUCCCUAAGUUGUCCUCAGUGUAAAAAGAUGGAUCUCGAAAUCAUACAGUCAUUUUGGAAAAGGUUCAAAUACACAAAAACGCUGAAAAACCACAGAAUUGGUGAAACCUAAAGGAUUUUUCUGAAGAACAACAGCAGUUUAACUGUUCAGGACAAACAAGUGACUCCUGUGGACUGUAUGUAAAGGUGUUUUAUGUGAAAUAUCUUAUUCAGGUCAGUCCUAAAUAAAACAUGCAUUUUGUAUGAUCCCUCUUAUUUUGGUAAAACAAUUCACAUUUGGCAGAUUCUGCAAGGUGUAUGUAAACUUUUGACCUCAACUGUAAAUAUUCCUUUGGAGCUCUUCACACAAGUACAAAUAUUUGCCCACUGCAAAACCCACUUUUCAUUUACUAACCAAGAGAAGAAAAAAAACCAAAAAAAACCUUUGUCUUUGACUUAUAAGAAAUAUUUUUCUUUGUCAGCACAUUUGAUUGGCACACGGUUAACUCUUGUCAGUAGCCUUGCUGAUUCUGAAUACCAGCACAUAUCUAAUAUUGUUGUUAUGCAACAGUUUAAUUAUAUAAAAAAGAGAUUAUAAUCAGGGAUGCACACAAGUGGUCUGGGGGUCUGCACGCACGAUCAAAUAAAAAAAUGCGCUGUGAAAAUAAGUUUAGAGCGGGUGUUUGCGUACCGACAUGGUUGCACAAUUACCAUUUUUGAUAUAUUUACAGUAGAAAUUUUACAAAAUAUCUUCAUGAAACUUGACAUGAAGAUAUUAACAUGAAUCUUUACUUAAUUUCCUAAUGAUUUUUUGCGUAAAAGAAAAAUCUAUAAUUUUGACCCAUACAAUGUAUUUUUGGCUAUUGCUACAAAUAUACCCCAGCAACUUAAGACUGGUUUUGUGGUCCAGGGUCACAUAUAUGAUUUCUGUUCGAACUCUAAGCAUAAUUCUAGUCUAUUCUCUGCUGUUUUCAAAGCACGAACGUGACAUUUCAUUCACUGACGCUCUUCACUGAACGCUCUUGCUAACUUAGGUUCGAAAAUGAUGAAAAUUCACAUAAAAAGUAAAUAUCAUUUUAUUUUUAAGUUUAUUAAAUACUCCCUUUUUAUUUUAAAACAUAAUGUUAUUACCACACUUCAUUAUUUUAUUUUUAAAAAACUAAAUAAAUAGUCCAAUGAUGAUAUCACUGUUAUUAAUUUUUGUUUAGAGUUGUAUUCAAGGGGUCAUACUAUGUGUAGUGUGAGGACCAAACCAAAUCUCCAUGAACUCUUAUGAGAACCUGGCUGAAAAACUUAUGUGCACCCCUGAUUAUAUUAGUGUCUGUUGAGUAACAUUUUAGACAGCCUUGCGGGUCAUUUUUGUCUGUUUGUUGUCUGUCAAGAAAAACGAUUCCAAAUGAAGCCACAGCAGAAUGUUGUACCUUUUCGUGCAACACAAAGCAGUGGGAUUUUGUUCUUGACUGAAUCAGUGUUUUUGAAAAGAGAGAAUGAUUCAGUGACUCAAUCAAACAGUGUCACUUGAUCAAUCAAAUAACUGUUAUAUAGUGUUGCAACAGUUCAUUAUGCUGCACUGCUUGCCUUAAGUUAUUAACUUGCUCCAUACAAAAACAAGUGACUACAAGUUUUGUUGGACAUUACAUAUAUAUUUUAUUGGUCACACUUUAUUUUAAGGUCCAAUUCUUACUACUGCUAGUUAAUGGUGAGAACUGGUGCUUAAAGUAAGGUCGUUUUUUUUUUUUUUUUUUUUUUUUUUUUUUUUUUAAAGCACUUAAUUUACACAUAAAGAGGAGAUUAUGUGUGUGUUUAUUGAACACUGCUCUUACUAGUCCUGGAUAUGUCAUAUUACGCACAACAGAAUAAAGUGACUUAUUUAGAUUUGUCUAUAGUUACAUGGUAAUAUUACUUUGUAUACAGUUGGGGUCAAAAGUUUACAUCUUGCAGAAUCUGCGAAAAGUUAAUAAUUUUACAUAAGAGGUAUCAUACAAAAUGCAUGUUAUUUUUUUAUUUAGUACUGACCUGAAUAAGAUAUUUCAAAUAAAAGACGGUGUUUCCCCUAGGUUUACAGUCCCAAAGAAGUCCCAAAAUUCUCAAUUUCAACAUUUUAAACAAUGGGGCCCUACAAUCUUUUUCUUUUUUUCCCAGAAAUUCAUGUGUGUUUUAAAUUUUUCUGAUAAUCAAAUGAAGGCAUUAAACUUUUUUUUUUUUUUUUAAUCAAAUGAAAAUGAAACAAACAAACAGAUGUUUACUGUUAAAACAUGAAAAAAUUGUGUGAAUAUUCAGUUCAAAAAGUUUUUAUAAUAAUUGUAGUAUUUUCUUGUAGUAAUAUUUAUUUUUAUCAUUUAAUUGUUUCAUUUCAAUUUGGCAGAAAGAGGAAUAUAUAAAGACCUACGUUUUACUGUACAAAAGUAAUACAAGACAUAUACAGUAGUCAACAUUUGAAGUGGAUCAAAACCUUUCAUUAAAUUUGUCCUAAAACCAAAAAGAAUACCCGUUCUUGUCUUAGGACAACUUUGAUUAACUUUUUUUGAUCCACUUCAAAUGUUGACUACUGUAUUU